AUGCUUCUGGUAGACAGAUCUGGCGUGCAUCACCCGCCUGUUAAAUGGUGUAGCUGUCUCAAUGCUGCUUGCUCGGACGUUCAGCUCUUGUCCAAUGGGUUGUACCCAGCAAGUCAGAAGAAGCCCCAAACAGCAUUCACCUUUGCUUUACUUGAUGACUUCUUAAUCAAUAACAAGGAAUGUAAAACUCCUGCAAUGACUUUCUAUUCCAAGAUACAGCGGGUGACAAACAGUGCAUUCCCACACAAGGUCCCAAAUAGAUAUCAGGAGUUCAUGAGGGUGUCCCAGCAGUUGAGAUAUUUGAAAUAUAUGUGGUCUCUAGCAUUGUUUUGCCUGGCUUUCCCUCAGCUGGGUAUCAAUGUCUUGCUUGAUUGGAAGCAGGACCCCCUCAGGCAGUAUCACUUGAGGACUUUUGUCAUGGACAGAAACUUUAACACAGAGUGCAUGAAGUCAAAGAACACCCAUGAUGAUGUUCCAUUUGCCGAUGGCACAGCAUUCUUGACGGCAAACCAACCGUACAUGGAGCACCUCAAAAUUGCCAAAAAAAAAUCAAGUGGGAGGGUCCUUGAAAGUCCUUAUCUUCAGGUCCCCAGUGGUGUAUCCAUGUACAAGGGCAUUGGAUUAUUUCAUGUGCAUGGACAUCAAGACAUCUGCUUCCCAAGAUACGCCCCUAACUUCAUCCCCGGGGCUGGGCAGGUUGAUGGUGGGAUAUCAGAAACACUUUGGGCUCCCCUCAAUGAAGUCUCUCAAAGCACCCGGGCUAUGAGAAAGUCACAUAAGCAAGAAAUAUUGGACAACCACAUGGGUGAUUCCAAUUAG